AUGACUGAGAUUGUGUUCCUGGGAUUCUCAGACUUCCACGAAAUCCAAGUUCUGCUCUUUGUGCUGGUGUUAGCCUUCUACGUGAUGGCCCUCCUGGGGAACACACUGAUAAUUAUUGUCACAGUGACCCAGCCAAUUCUUCAUGCACCCAUGUACUUUUUCCUCAGGAACUUGUCCUUCUUGGACAUUGGCUUCACCUCUGCUAUAGCCCCCAAACUGCUAGUGAAUCUGCUCUCAGAGAUCCAGACAAUCUCCUUCACAGGCUGUGGUGUUCAGAUGUUUUUCUUUCUUCUCUUUGGCCUCACAGAGUGCUGUCUGCUCUUUGUCAUGGCGUAUGAUAGAUAUGUGGCUAUAUGCAGACCCCUGCAGUAUACUCUCAAGAUGAACCAGAAGGUUUGCACUCAGAUGGCUGCUUUUUCAUGGACUAUUGGGAUACUAGUAGCUUUUGGACAAACAAUUUCAAUGUUUACUCUGCCUUACUGUGGUUCCAAUCGAAUGAAUCAUUUCUUUUGUGACAUUUCCCCUCUGCUGAGACUAGCCAUCACUGACACCUACAGGAAUGAAGUUUCUGUUGUCACAGUCACCAUUGUCUUCAUUCUGGUCCCUUUUUUGCUCAUCCUCUUGUCCUAUAUCUUCAUCAUCUCCACAGUCCUCAGGAUGCCCUCAGUAGAGAGCCAACGCAAAGCCUUCUCCACUUGCUCAUCACACCUCAUUAUAGUUUCUGUUUUCUAUGGUACCAUCAUAUUUACUUAUAUGAGACCCAAAACUAUGUAUUCUCCAGAUGGUGACAGGCUUCUCUCCCUGAUGUAUACAAUAGUGACACCAUCAGUUAACCCCAUUGUCUACAGUUUAAGGAACAAGGAGGUGAGGGUUUCUCUUAGGAAAUCAAUUGGGAGGAAAACUUUCUUUCAAGGUCAAUGGGCAUGA